AUGCUCGUGCUGCUGUUACUGAUUCGGAAGAACAAAUUCAAGCCAUUAUACAACAAUCAAGGUACUGGUGGUGGGAUAAUAGCCUUUAGAUACACUGAUUUAGUGCGUGCUACUAAAAACUUCUCAGAAAAGCUGGGAGGAGGUGGUUUUGGUUCUAUAUACAAAGGAGUCUUAAAGGACUCAACUAGUAUAGCAGUGAAAAGACUUGAUGGUGCCCGUCAAGGAGAGAAGCAAUUCAGGGCUGAGGUGAGCUCAGUUGGACUGAUCCAACAUAUCAACAUUGUGAAAUUGAUCGGUUUCUGCUGCGAAGGUGAUCACAGGUUACUUGUGUAUGAGCACAUGUUAAAUGGGUCUCUUGAGGGUCAUCUAUUUGAGAAGAGCAGUGCUGCUGUCCUAGAUUGGAACACCAGAUAUCAAAUAGCCCUAGGAGUUGCCAAAGGAUUGUGCUACUUGCAUCAGAGUUGUCACAAAUGCAUCAUACAUUGUGACAUUAAGCCAGGAAACAUACUCGUGGAUGCAUCAUUUGUUCCUAAAAUCGCAGACUUUGGGUUGGCUGCGUUUGUGGGAAGGGAUUUUAGCCGAGUUAUGACUACAUUCAGAGGGACUGCUGGUUAUCUUGCCCCAGAGUGGCUUAGCGGAGUUGCAAUCACACCGAAAAUUGAUGUUUACGGCUUCGGCAUGGUACUUCUGGAAAUCAUAUCAGGAAGGAGGAAUUCCUCACUAGAAACACCAUACAACACUAGAAGCAGCAGCACCAGGUACCAGAAUGUUGAUUUUUUCCCUGUGCAAGCCAUCAGCAAGCUUCAUGGCAGAGAUGUCAAGAGUUUGGUGGAUCCACAGUUGCAUGGUGACUUCAAUUUGGAAGAGGCUGAAAGGGUUUGCAAAGUUGCAUGCUGGUGCAUCCAAGAUAAUGAGUUUGAUCGGCCGACUAUGGGUGAAAUAGUCCGGGUUCUCGAUGGUCUGCAAAAGAUUGAUAUGCCCCCGAUGCCAAGACUACUUGCAGCUCUAACAGAACAAUUUGGUGUUGUAACUUCAGUGUAA